CGAUGUUGGGAGCUUCUCACUUCUACGAAGCAUCUAAAAAUAGCCAAGAGAAGGUUGUCCAACGAAGGUUGGUAAGAGGUGCAUAUCUUGCAUUUGGGACAGACAAGUGGGCUACUCCUCUCUACGUAGCAUCUAAAAAUUGCCAUGAGAAGGUUGUCCAACUAUUGUUGGAUAGAGGUGCAAAAAUUGAGAAAUCGACGAACCCAUUCGCUUCUCAUCUCUACGCAGCAUCUCAAAAUGGCCAUGAGAAGGUUCUCCAACUAUUGUUGGGUGGAGGUGCAAAAAUUGAGAGAAGGAACCAUUUUUCUUCUCCUCUCUACGUAGCAUCUCAAGGGGGCCAUGAGAAGGUUGUCCAGCUAUUGUUGGAUAGUGGUGCAGAUAUUGGAAGUAAGACAGACAAGUCGGCUACUCCUCUCUACGCAGCAUCUCAAAAUGGCCAUGAGAAGGUUGUCCAACUAUUGUUGGAUAGAGGUGCAUAUAUUGAAAGUGAGACAGACGAGCGGGCUUCUCCUCUCUACGUAGCAUCUCAAAAUGGCCAUGAGAAGGUUGUCCAACUAUUGUUGGAUAGAGGUAUAAAAAUUGAGAGAAGGAACCAUUCUUCUUCUCCUCUCUACGUAGCAUCUCAAGAGGGCCAUGAGAAGGUUGUCCAACUAUUGUUGGACAGUGGUGCAGAUAUUGAGAAGCUUCCUCCCUCCGUAACCAGCAUCUCAAAAUGGACAUGAGAAGGCUGCACCUUAGAGGCAUAGUCGAUUAAUAUUCAUACUAAUUUAUAUUCAUGACGUCAUUCUCAAUUUUCAUUGGUUCUUCCAAAUAAGGCUCGACGAAUGAGCAUCGAUGAUAAGUCUUCCGGCAACAAAAACACGUGCUUAGCGCAAUAACAGUUCAGAAACAUUUAGUACAGGGUAAACCAUAAUGAAUGUAACAAAAUGAAUGUUUUGGAUUGUAUAUUAUGGUCCGUAUAUCAUGGUCCAUUGGUCCAGGGCCAUGAUGAGGGGGGGGGGGAGAGCCACACCCCUCUUUUCCCAAAUCUACAUGG